GCAAAAUGCCAAAGUUGAACACAAGCGAAACAAAGCACACAGUGAACUAGGAUGGAGAGAGCAUGGAGAAUUCAAUGCUUAGUGUUACUGCUGGAUGUCUUUGUUAAUUCUUUUCUUCUGGAUUUACAAAACUUCACUGUGUACCGCGGACAGAACGGCAGUUUGUUCGGAUACUCCGUCGCCUUGUUAAGGAACUCUAAUGGAGAUUGGGUUUUGGUCGGCGCUCCCAAAUCUGAUGACAUAUUUCAACCCUGGGUAAGACGGCCUGGAGCGUUAUUUAAAUGUCGCCUUUCUUGGGGGAAAGACUCAGAGUGCGAAGAGGUCAAUGUGGAUAGCACAGGAAACACUGAAGAAACGAGGAUUUUUCAUCAGAGAAAAAUCCGUUUUCAUCCGGACAAAUCAAAUCAAUGGCUGGGCGUUUCCUUAGAUGUGGAUCCUGAGGAUCAGUCAAGUGUCCUCAUUUGCGCUCAUCGAUGGAAGGAUAAUUAUCUAAACAUCCAUCUGAAUGGAAUAUCUCACAUGAAUGGAAUAUGCUAUCAGCUGAAUUCAAGUUUAUCACAGUCCGCCAGAAAAAUUCCAGCAUUGACAAUUCGAGAAAGACUUGUCAACCGUCAACGUUACGCCGAGUUCUCAAUGGGGGGUCUAGGAAUGUCCGCCAUGUUUUCAGGUGUAUCCGGUUACAUGCUUUUUGGAGCACCGGGCAUGAACGAUUGGUCAGGAGGCGUGGUAAUUGAAAGAGAUGGAACAAACACAAACGAUAUCCACUACAUCGAACCUCCCAGGUCCAGCUAUCAAGAUUUUCAAAUAGGUUCUUCAUUGGCUGUGGGGAAUUACUUAUUCAAGUCUACCAAAAGUAUAGCGCUGGGAGCUCCACGUGCUGGCAAGGUAUUGAUUUACGAGUGGAUGGACAAAUCUAAUCAUCCAGUAUACACUAUUGAAGAUGGAAAGGUUGGUAGCAGGUUUGGAUCAUCAUUACUGACCUACAGAUUCGAAAAUAGAUACCUUGAUGACAUCAUAAUUGGAGCACCGUAUUUCUCCGCAAACUACGUCAAUGAAGGGAGAAUUUACGUCUUCAAAUCUAGAGGAAUUCUAGGUUUUGAGCAACAUCAAAUGAUAAAAGGAGAUUCGUCAGCGCAUGCGCAGUUUGGGGCUUCCCUUGGAGUGCUGGGUGACAUUAAUGGAGAUGGAUUCAAUGAAAUUGUAGUCGGUGCCCCUUAUGAGGAAGAUGGCAAAGGAGGGGUGUAUGUGUUCAAUGGUUGGUCAUCUGGCAUCUGGCCAAAAUACACGCAACACAUAAAAGCUUCUAAAAUAAACGGACUGUUGCGAGGAUUUGGAAUAUCUUGCUCUAGACCAAUGGCUGUUCAGAACAAAACAGUUGUUGCCUUCGGAAGUCAUCUUUCCAGUCAAGCGGUGGUUAUGCAGAGUGUAGAUGUACUGCAGAUUGAAACAAGUGUUCAGCUUCUCAAGAAACCGAAAUUCUGUACACUCUGUGUAGCCUUUGAAAUUUGUUUCAAGGAUAAUGGAAACAAAAGCCAUAGUACUGCAGAAGUUAACUUGAACUUCACUGUAAGACUUCAAGAUGCCGAUAUUUUUCACGGAGUGUACUUAACAACAGGAUUGAACAAAGAAAUGUCUAUUCAGCAUGUUGAAGACACAUUAACAAUGACGGCACGAGACAAAAGCUGUUCUAGCUCCUACGUCCUUGUUGUAGAUAAUUUCCAAGCGAAAGUGGAUGGUGUGGAAGUACUUAUUGAGCAUGCGCUUCAUACCACGAACUCCUCCACCAUUGCAUUGAACAAUUUCAUUGGCAGCAGAGAACUUCCGGUUAUACCACCAAGUUAUACAUACAAGUUUCUUUACAGCACAUUUUGUGACGAAGUAAUAGAUUGCGUCAUUAGAGUUUCAUUACAUCAGCAAUGGGAAAACCUCUUAAACGGGACAUCUUUAAUUAUGGACCCAGGAAUGGUUACCUUGGUAACAACACUGACAACCACCGCCAGCGGAGUUUCUGCCAGUGACGUCACGUUGUUUCAAAUUAUUCCGACUGGAAUUGCCUUCGUUGAAAUAGAGAGGGCAAAUCUAAAUCGAACACUGCCGUGCACAAUUGAGCAAAUUCGUUUGAAGUGUCUAAUAGGAUUAUUGAAGGCAAACGAAACCAUUGUUUUGAGACUUAUUUAUGAAAUACGACAGGCGAUGGUGAACACAUCAACCAUAUCAAUGCAAAGUGGAUUAAAUUUCGGAUUGACGAAUAACUCAUCUCCGAAAGUGUUCGAAAAGUAUUCUGUGAAGGCUGUAAGGAGUGUCUAUGCUGAUGUCAAAGGAUAUUCACGGCCUACAAACUACGUUAUGGUCAAUACUCAUGAAAACAACUGGAUACAGUUCAAGCAUAAGUUCUUUUUAUCGUUAUGGCGCCCUGGAGAAUCAGAAAUUGUGCAUUUCUUUUUCCCUGUCUUGUGGAGAACUUUGACACUGUCCAGUUCAGAUGUUGAUAUUCAACAUGGAGAAGGCGACAUCACCUGUGUGAUAAAUAAUGGAACAAACUCAAGUGAAGAACUAGAGAGGAUAAUGGCUCUCAAUCAAAAGAUAUGCAGGACUGUUGGUUGUGACGUGCUGACCUGUGAAAUAAGACCAACGUCCAUACGAAUAACACUGGCAGCGUCCUUUAAUCUGGUUGUCAAUUCCAGGAGACUACCCUUUGCCGAAGAAAUAACAGAACAUGGAUAUUCAACUUACAUGUGCUAUACAAGCAAGUUCGUCAUUCAUGGAGAGAAUCCGUUAUGUCGGAACUUAACAACUCAAAUUAAGGAUAUUUCGCUGCAUGAAACGGACGGGAGAAUUCAUUAUUGGUUCGUUACUCUUGCUGUUUUCACAGGAGUGGCCAUUAUUCUACUACUGAGCUUCUUUUUAUGGAAGUGUGGAUUUUUCUAUCGAAGAGCUCUUCAUGAACUCAAACUUAGAAUCGAAAUCCAAAAACUAAGCGCCGUUCACCUUCUCUCAGCACAAAGAAAUUCAUCGUCUCUGGACACAGAUAACGAUAACGAAACAUUUGUUUUGACGCCAUAUCCUAGCGGAAGUGACGACACACAGGUCAUGACCCCUCCGCCGGGUUAUCUAGAAGCUACUCACAGGACGUCAAAUUCAUCGACAGAUUAUUUCUUCAACUUUGACGACGACGACGGAUACCUCAUUCCUGUCUUUGACUCCAGAAAAAAUGACUCUCCAGAUUGAUUAUUGCUUGACGAUUAAACAAAAAUAAAUAUUAUGAAUAAUCAA